AUGUCGCCUGUAAGUCUGGGCUGUGCUAAGUUCGCUGCUGCUGCUUGUGAACGGCAGUACCUCGAGAAGGAAAAGAAGCCAAAGCCACAGCCGGCUGCUAGCGAGAGCCAGUCACACGUCAGCAAAAAGGCUACAGGCGUCAAGAACGAGAAGCCGGCCCAGACCGUGGAGGACGACUUCAAGAUCUCCUACCGCUGCGAGUCGUGCGACACGUUGUUCCCGAAGAAGCACGACCUGGAGUGGCACCUGCGCGAGCACACGGGCGUGCGCCCUCUGCCGUGCGGCCUGUGCCCCAUGAAGUUCCUCAACGGACGACUGCUGGCAGCCCACCACACCAGACACCACGGGCUGGGCUCCAAGUGGAAACGCUGCGGCUGCGACUGAGCACACACUCAGACUUGGUUUCGAUUAGUGCUCCGAUUUUUAUGACAGACGCCAUUAAACCGAUAAAAGCC